AUGCUGAUUCGGUAUAUUUCCUUUUUGCAAAUACAACCUCCAUACAGUGGGCGAAGUGUAAAAGACUUUGUCUGCCUUCACACGGCUCUUGCAUUUUACUUUCCUAUAAACCCUUGUAUACUUUCCCUACUUUCCAUCAGAGAAACAUAUGUAAUAAUGGAGUUGAAAACUGUGUGCUAUGGAGGAUGGAUAUUAAUGUUCACCAUCCCCACAGUCUUCUGCAGUGAUCGGUGUCUUUACAAAUCAAAAGUAGCAUAUUACUCUUCCUCCGAGGCUGCCAAUAUGGGAGCAUGUGGGUACGAGUCCUUUGCAUCAACCAUGAGCAAUGGCGACGUGGCCUCAGCGAGCCCCAAAAUAUAUAGGGAAGGGAUUGGAUGUGGCAGCUGCUAUCAGAUAAGAUGUACAGACCCUGAGAUUUGCACCAAGUCAGGGGUGAAAGUUUUGGUUACAGACUUUCCCGAGAACACUCAGACGGAUUUUGUGCUGCCCAGUAGCACCUUCUCAAAGCUGGCGCAACCCGCAAAGUCUUCUCAGCUUCUGAAUAGGGGUAUUGUGGAUAUCGAGUACGAACGAAUACCAUGUGAGUAUCCAGGGCAGAACAUGACGGUGAAAAUAAGCAAGAUCAGUAGUCCCCCAUACUUUCUUGCCGUGCAAUUUCAGUACCAAGGUGGGCAGACGGAUAUCUUAGGCGUGGAUGUUGCUCAGGCGGGAUCUUCGAAUUGGAAACACAUGAUGCACAACUAUGGCGCUGUGUGGAGUUUGGAUCAGCCUCCAGAAGGAGCUCUGUCUUUACGGCUUUUUGUUGCGACCGGAUAUAAUGGUUCUGUCUUGGUGUCACCAAAGGAAGCUGUGCUGCCGGCGAAUUGGAGUGUGCGCUGUGUUUACGACACUGCAGUUCAGAUCAACGAAAUUAAACAAGUGGACUGUCCUCCCUGCGCCACCUCAGAUUGGGAUGGCAAUGUCUAUGGAGCAAACUAAAAGCACUGACAAGAGGAACGGCUUAAAUUUCAUACAUUAAGCUUAUAUUUUUAGGUUUAAAUGUGUUAAACAUUCAGAGUUGAUUGACAUUUUCUAGGCUUAAUAUGUUGCUUAAUGUGUGUGGUCACAUUAAGAAUACACUUCUACGCUUAAAAGUGUAAAACACUCAGAGUUAACUAACAUUCUCUAGACUCAAUAUGUUGCUUAGUGUGUGUGGCUUAAGGCUGGCCCAAGAGACAAGAGUUUUUUACAUUUAUUAAAUAGAUUAAAAAUCAGAUCAUAAUGUAUUUUGAUUUUUAAUCUAUUUAAUAAACGUCAAAAAAUUGUCUCAUUAGUGCUUUUUAGUUUGCUGCAUAGACAAUUCUGAUUGGGACCAAUCACAAUAAUUGUAUGCGAGUUGCAUACAAGUACAUCAAUUUCAAGAUUAGGCAAUCUGUUGUAAAUAUUUGUUUUUUCAUAUCGCAAAUGAUAUUGUGCUCCAUUACACCAUUAUAGAUAGCAUCGGAUUCCACACAAUCCUUAGAAAUAUUUCAUGGUGGUUUAAAAAGUGUUUCAGUUGGUGGAGUAUAAUUGGUGAGGAUGAUGGUAUGUGAUAUAAGACAAUCCACCAAGGUUCAAACUUCUGAAGGUGCGUCCAGACCAGGUUCAACCUCUUGGUGAGUUUGACGGACUAGAUCCCCUCUACAUGGCUGCUUAGUCAAAGGCAACUUUGGUUUAGAUAUAUGUUUACUCAAACUAUUGUAAUUUGCUAUAUAAAGGUAGCAUCUAUGUAUUUCGACUUGUUUCCAUAAAAAUAAA